GUAAAGGUAGUGACAUUGUUGAUAAAGGUGACAAUACAUAUGGUGGAAAAUGGGUUAUCAAUCCUUCUGGUGGAUUAAUAUCCAAAGGACAUCCAAUUGGUGCAACUGGUGUAGCACAAGUCGUGGAAUUGUCGCUUCAGUUACGUGGCCUUGCUGGUGCACGUCAGGUACCAAAUUGCAAGAUUGCAAUGCAGCAUAAUAUUGGAAUUGGUGGUGCUGGUAUGGCUGCAUUAUAUCGAUUAGCUUAA